CUGACCUGUUUGUUCUUUCAGCAGCCUCAGUUAGUGUUUAACUCCACAGCAGCAGAAACACAGCAGAGGUAACCAAAACAUGAGGAAUCCUGUAGCUAAAGUUCAGACAAUCACUACAGGGGAAACCUUUGGAGCAGAUGUGGAUCUGAUGAACCAAGUCAUCCAGAAGGAUACAAGUCGGGAUGUACAACACAUCAUCCUGUUCUGUCCAAUCACAUCUCGUGUUGGUUCAGAUGUGGAGGCAGCCUUGGAAAAAGUCCCAUAUGGUCGAAGAAUCAUCCUGGUUCUGAUGCACCACACCCGAGACGCUGACUACUCAACGGCUGGGAUAAAGUGGUCAGAAUGCAUUGAAAACGUCGUCCUGGAUGUUCACGUUCUCUUCCAUGAAAGUGUCCCAGGGUUACUGAGCUGUGAACAAAAUCACAAGGCAGUGUUGCAAAUAAGACAUUUUUUAGAAAGACACAAAAAGAAUUCAGAUCAGAAUCGGGCUUUGGUUGGGUAUGGCUAUUGGCUAUUGUGUUGUGUUUUUUCUUGGGUCUUGUCUGAUGACAGGUCUUGGAUGAGGCUCUUGAACUGGUUCUGGUGUCCAGACAGGCUGUGGGUGAGGCUUGUGAUUUGGUUUGGCACUCAGCUUUUUCAUUUGAUUUCAGUUUUGCUGUCUUAUGUAAGAAAACCAAAAGUUAUUAAAGAAAGACUUCCUUAAUACCAUUGUUAACUCUACAACUUAUAUGUGUAUGAACAAGUUGUUUAAUGUCUCCUACACACAAACAUAGUCAUUAGAAAAUGAUCUAUAUGAACACAGGUACAGUUAUAUGCAGACUAGAAAACAUUUAAUAGGUUCCAAAGAUCUUUAUUAUGAAAUUGAAACUCUACUGAAAAAAAGGAUUUUGCAAUUGUUAGACUUUACUAAAAUAAAGUGUUUAUGAUAGUGAAGCUGGUAUAAUAAACUGUCCAGUUAGUUGCUUUUUAAUGAAGAUCAAAUAGAUGCUUUGAAUGAAUUAAUUCUUGUGACUCUUCUUAAUGCAUGUUGUAAUCUUAACCUUGACCUUUGUAACUUUAUAACCUCUGUCUAUAACCAUUGUAAUAUGAUGUUUGGGAACUGUUUUCUCUGACAAAUAAUCAAUAAAGCUUGAAAGAAUAAUAGAAUAU